UCUUUCCACAUUACUCGUCUCACCUUUGUGAGCGCCUUAUAUCGAGGUAACGAUCCUCUCAGCUAAGGCGAGUUGGACUCUGCUCCCUGUGGAGCCAUCAGAGCUGUCAGAAGAGCUUUCUGCCCCACUGCAAGUUGCUCCUUCAGUCCUGGUGGCACAUUAUCUGAAAAAUCUGAGAAUGUAUUGACUACGUUUUACGUUAUUAUAAGGUUACAAGACAUGAAAUAAAGCCUUGGAAAUGGCUCUACAGAAGAUAGACCUAAUCUUGGAAGGCUAGAACUUCUGUGCAGAGCAGCUGGAAUUAGUUAAAUACUGGAACCACUGCUGAUUUGGUUGCGUCCUCCAACAUGACCAAUCCUCAGCCUACAAUAGAAGGUGGUGUUUCAGAAGUUGAGAUAAUUUCACAACAAGUGGAAGAAGAGACCAAAAGCAUUGCUCCUGUACAGCUUGUUAAUUUUGCUUAUCGAGAUCUACCUUUAGCUGCACUUGAUCUGUCUGUGGCUGGGUCCCAGCUUUUGUCAAAUUUGGAUGAGGAGUACCAAAGAGAAGGAUCUAACUGGCUAAAACCGUGCUGUGGGAGACGAGCAGCUGUGUGGCAGGUAUUUUUGCUCAGUGCAAGUCUCAACAGUUUCCUGGUAGCCUGUGUAGUAUUGGUGGUGAUUCUUCUGACUCUGGAACUCCUAAUAGAUAUAAAGCUUCUCCAGUUUUCAAGUGCUUCACAGUUUGCAGGAGUAAUUCACUGGAUCAGCCUAGUCAUCCUGUCUGUUUUCUUUUCAGAGACUAUUUUGAGGAUUGUGGUCCUUGGCAUAUGGGAUUACAUUGAAAACAAAAUAGAGGUGUUUGAUGGUGCUGUCAUAAUCUUGUCCUUGGCACCAAUGGUGGCCUCAACAGUGGCUAAUGGCCCCAGCAGCCCAUGGGAUGCUAUCAGCCUUAUUAUCACGCUACGAAUAUGGAGAGUGAAGAGGAUCAUUGAUGCAUAUGUCCUUCCAGUGAAAGUGGAGAUGGAGAUGAUGAUUCAGCAAUAUGAGAAGGCAAAGGUUAUUCAAGAUGAGCAGCUGGAAAGACUAACCCAGAUCUGCCAAGAACAAGGGUUUGAAAUCAGGCAGCUGAGGGCCCACCUUGCUCAGCAGGAUUUGGACCUGGCUGCAGAGAGAGAGGCUGCACUACAGGUCCCACAUGUACUGAACAAACAGAGCAGCAACCGGUACAAGGUGGUAGCAACUGAAGAUUCAGAUGAUGAAGCCACUGAGAACAUCACUGAGUUGCGACCUCCACGAGAGGAUGACAUGAAUAAUUACAUCAGUCGAUACUACAGUGAGCCUACCAGUGACAGCGGUGGCCCCGAGGCUGCCAUCUGCAUGGUCACCACGGCCGCCAUCGACGUCCAUCGCCCCAACGUCUCCUCCGACCUCUUCACAGUGGAGGUGCCGCUGCGCCUGGGCAGCACGGGGACCUCCGCCAGCACCACGUCGGGCAGCGCCUCACGCUCCACUGCCAGCUCGGGCACCCAGGCCUGCAGCGAGAGCAGCCAGACACUGGGCUCCUCGCCGGACUGCAGCACAGCCUGCGAGGCGGUGGCAGAGGCAGGGGCCAGCCGAGCGGUGCAGGAGCUGCUCUCCUCGCUGUCGGAAGAGGCCUGCCUGGCGCAGAAGGGGCUGGAUCCUGUCAACCUGAAGCUGCCCAGCCCCGCGGGCUCAGUGGGGGCUAGCCCUGACCUGGGCCACCGGCUCAGUGUUUACAACCGCAGGAACCAGGACAGCCUCGACGUCUUCCAGCUCAAGCCACUCAUUGACUGCCCCCAGGCUGCCCCUGUGAUUGACGAGAAGUAUGGGGCACUGGGGCCCCCCGAGCCCCGGCUGGGAAGAGUUCCCGAGGCCUAGGGACAGCCUGGGGCAAGGGGGACGCGCUCGCUGCGCCAGGUCAUUUGCAUCCUGUGACUCACUACACAGAAUGACCUCAUCAUCUCUGUGAAGGAAGUCCCUACAGCAGAGCACUGCUGCUGCCCUCUUGCCAGCUCCUGCAAGUAUUCCAGUAAUGCUUCCCCUGAAACAUUUUUCCCCCAAGUUUUACUGUUUUUAUUUCAGUUACCCCAUUUGCAAAUGCAAGCCUCCCCUGACAGUUCAACAGUGCAAAACACAGGCUGUGAUACCCGAGGCUGUUGGCUCAAUAAAGGCUUGAACUGUACUCUAAGGCCCUACCAGGCUUUGCAGAACCACUCAGAGGGGCAGGAUCCACGGGGGCUAACACUGAGCACCAACUGAGGCCAGCAGUUAGGGACACCUUGGGGGCUGCUGGCUCUGUCCUUAGCCCAGAAAUAAUGAACACCAGUUGCUUGCAAAACUGUCUUAAGUUUUAGUUUGGCAGCCUCAUCCUUCCCCUGUCUCCAUCAGCUGAAAUAACAGUUCUAGUCCUCUACCUCAUCACUAAAUCAGACUUCCCAUGGUAAGAAGCAAAAAGCAUCACCUUAUUUGCAACAGAACGUUGCAGGUUAGAUCCUGUAACCACCUCAUAAGGCAAUUAAAAAUAAGGAACAAAAGCAACAAUUCUCCAGGUCUCCUCAAAAGCUGCAUUUUCUACCUUGCUGUAAAAGGACAAAUAAAUUAUAUAUUUUGCUUGGUAGAAAGCAUCUGACUCCUUUGGAAAACAUAUCCUGAAGUAUACAAGUUCACAAUGCCAGAUAAUUCACAGUGCUGAGGGAAGCCAGGGGACACUCCAGAGAGUUCCCAUGGCUGCAUAAUUCUUCAUGUUUGCAAAAACUGGAUCUUUUCAGUAACUAAAACACCCAUAUGCUUUGACUAAAAGGAAAGCAGAACACAAAUAAAACUGAAUUUUACAAUACACACAUUUGUUUACACUAUAAAAACUAAGAUAUAAAGGAGAAAUUAAACUGUUAAGUACGCAUCUCACAUCAGCAAACUUUGUGUGUCCUUAUUGUCUACAAAAUAACAUCUCAAAAUAUCAAACAUGGCAUUGGAAAAUCCAAAAACCAGAGAGUUUGCUGUUACGGUACAGGACAAUAUUGCUGCUCAAUAUUUCUAUAUCAAAGGAAAUUCUGGUACUUACUUAAACUAACAGAUUCCCAGUAUUGCUGGUAGUCUUAGAUAAGGCAGGGGAUAGAUACAAACAGGGUCAGAUCAAGUUUUAAGCAGUUAAAUACACAGUUCUCAAUGGCUGAUACUAAUUCCACCCACCCAUCUUCUCCCUCACCCAAAAGCACAGUUGGAGACUAAACGUCUGGAAACAAAGACACAGUGGGCCAUCAGCAGAGCCGGGGAAGCGCCACAGCAGCGCUGCCCCGCGGGCUCCACGCCUGCCUGUCCCUGCUGUCUCCCCUGGGGCUGCACUGGGACUAGAAGAGACUGUGGCACCGCCGUCCACUCAGACCAGUGAGAAUACACUGCUACAGGUACUACUACUCAUUCUUCUCAGUAGUGACCUUCGUAUCCCUGCCACAUAUCACUCAUCCAUAAUUUCUAAUUUCAGUUGGUUUUUCUCCACUAUGUAAACCAAUGCUAUCGCCACCUGAGUCCCUGAUUUUAGAAGACUGAGGCCCCAGAAAGGUGCUGUAUCCCAAAUCCAGCUUACAUGAUCUUCUCAAAAAGAAAAAAAAAAUUGCCAAAGAACUAAGCUGUAAGAAAGCACAGAUCAUCCUAGCACACAGGCUGGCUUGUGAGGACAACGACCAUACACUCACUAGUCUGUCACUGGUUAAACACAAGGAUCUGCCUGUAAAGUUUUACAAACCUGUUCCUCAGUUUUGUAAGCUAUUUAAAGUUCUGGGUUUGGUUUCUGCCAGAAAUCAUACGUUCAUUCCUUGGAAAUAGAAAAGAAAUAUAUAUCCUUUUUCUAAAAUUACUUGCGGGGAGGCAGGACAACCUACAGUUCUUGAUGUUUGUCAUUUGAUAGUACGACUCGGCAGGUAACUGUUCCUCUUUGCAAACACUGCACUGCAGACCAAACUGGCAGUUCCAAUUUUGAUUAUUUGCUUUGGCAACUAAUGAGUUAAACCUUUUAAAUUUUACUGCCGUUUUAUAAUAGGUUUCCAUUUGAAUGGCUAAAUGCAGGAAUGUCAGAGACAUCUUUUACUUUAUGGAAUAGUAAGUUCAUAAUUCAAAUUGCACAUUGUUAUGCAUGAAUUAAUAUGUCAUACUCUGAAAUAAACGCAAAUGGAACUAUUGUAUAGAAUUCAGGCAUAUGUGGGUUUGGUUUUUUAAAAAUAAACAAAGUCAAUUAGUUGCUUCUACUUUCCACUUUGGGUUGCAGAGCAAUGGUUUUUCUACCGUGUUAGUUGUUUUGCCAUAAUACCUUCUCUUGGCAAGGCUUAGAGGGAUAGCAUGUUUUAAAGAAGCAGACAAACUGGCAAUUUUAACAUUAAAAAAAAAAAUGGAAGACUGGCUAAAGUACUGCUAUAAAAGCAAGGAAGUCAACUCAUCUCCUUCCUCAAAAAAUCUCUGCUAGUACAUCCAU